AUGAACUCUUUAAAUGUUUUGCUUCUUGGUGUUUUGUGUUUUGGUUGUGGAUGCAUCGUGGCUGAAAUAUGCCCCCCUGACUGGCACCCGUACAAAGAGUCUUGCUACUUCAUAGUCAAGGACACGACGAACUGGUAUCAAGCAAACCGCACUUGUGCAGAAUCACGGGCACUCCUUGCUGUCCCAAACUCGCAAUCCGAACAGGAUUACAUUUGGGAGCUGUUCCUGAAUGCGUUCGAUGCGACGAGUCCAUCAACGCAUCUCUGGAUCGGUUGCAACGACAUCGAGGAGGAUGGGCAGUGGAAGCAUUGUCCGUUAAAGGGACAAACCGAUUCCUACGAGAACUGGAAAGGUGGUCAACCCAGCAGUCUCGUUGAUAACUUGAAGGGCUGUGCCGUUGUGCGGUCUACAAACGGCCAAUGGGUCGGACAGGAUUGCUUUGACGAUAUCAACUACGCAGUCUGUGAGUUCCACCCUGCCAGUGAUACAAUGGAGUCCUCCUGCAAACAGACCGGCCCAGACGACAGCAUCACCCCUCGAUGCCUGCUGUAUCUUUCAAUGAAGGAAUUGUCAGAUGGGAAAUCUUGCUGCUCACAUCCUCGUUGCCACUCCUCAUCUGCUGAAGCAAAGCUGGGGAAGUAA